CGCCUCAGURAAAUUUUCUGUGAACUGUGAACAUACUCCUGCGAUUUACAUAACCUAACCUUCUAMACAGAUAACCUCAAAUCCUAAACUCACGGCUAAAGUUAAGACAAUCCGAAAUUAAAUCUACAUUAUGGACAGUGUGGCAAAUUUAACUGGAGCCCAAAAGGGGGAACUCAUGGAUCAAGUUAAACAACAAAUAGCAGUUGCAAAUGCCCAAGAACUCCUCACAAAAAUGACUGAAAAGUGCUUUAAAAAGUGUAUAUCAAAACCAGGCACAUCUCUGGAUAGUUCAGAACAGAAAUGUGUAGCAAUGUGUAUGGACCGAUAUAUGGACUCAUGGAAUCUCGUUUCAAGAACAUACGGUAUGCGAAUCCAGCGUGAAAGAACGAACAUGUAAUAAAAAUCUGAAUAGUCAUCAAGCAUGUGUUCUUUAGUCUAGUUAGUCUACAGAUUGUUUUUGUAUAUAUGGGCGUUUUUACCAUUUGCCUAUGGAUUAUUUGUUAAAAUGAUGACACAUUUAUAGCAGUGAAUUAAACAUUUUGAGUAUG